AUGACCUGCAGCAACUUCCAAUCCUCCUUCCCCUUCCGCCGCUUAGUCCGCGAAGCCUCUCGCGCAGGUUCCCGCGAGAUCCCCUCGUUCCUCGUCCCGGCGCUGUCGCCGACUCUAUCUCGACCACUUGCCAGAAGGCAAGCCUCGACGCUCGCUGCUGAGGUCGCUGAGCCCCGAACCCAAACCCCGAGCUACCAGUCCCGCAUCGGGAGAGCCCCGAUCAACGUGCCGCCUGAAGUGUCGUUAAGGUUUUACGAGUUGCCCAAGGGGAAUGUAAGGAGUCGGCAUCCAGAUACGCCGAAUGUGGCGUUGGAAGUUACGGGGCCUUUAGGACAAAUGACUGUGCCUUUACCGCCGUAUCUACAAGCCGAACUCGACGAGUCUGCGAAGAAGAUCAACAUCAACGUCAAAGAUGCGGAGGAAAAGCAUCAGAGAGCCAUGUGGGGGACAAUGCGCGCGCUCGUCCAGAACUCCGUCUCCGGGGUCUCCGAAGGCCAUCUCUGUAUCCUUCGACUCGUGGGCGUCGGCUACCGUGCCACGAUCGAAGACACCGCGCAGACCAGGUCCCCCGAAUACCCCGGCCAGAAGUUCGUGAACCUCAAACUCGGCUAUGCGCACCCGGUCGAGAUGGGCGUACCGAAAGGUGUCAAGGCCUCGACCCCGCAACCGACCCGGAUUUUGCUCGAGGGUUGUGAUAAGCAGGUGAUCAAGCAGUUCGCGGCGGAGAUCCGGAGGUGGAGGAAGCCCGAACCGUACAAGGGCAAGGGGAUUUUUGUGAACGAUGAGACGAUACGGUUGAAGGCGAAGAAGAUCAAGUAG